GGAUCUGACGUCCCCCCAACCGAUCCUUCCACUUUUCCUGGCCCGCUUGUUCUCCCCGACGACGACCUCGCGCUGGAACCUCGGUAUCCGCCGCAGAGUUUGAGGUCUUGGGCGACGGGGGAGUGGAGGAAUCGGAUUACAGAGGGGAGGAAGACGCUUUAUGUUGCUGAUUUUCCGGGUGUGGAGGAAGGUCUCGCCUCGAUGGUAAGGGAGUGGGAGGUUCCUGUGUUGGAGGGAGCUGCGACGGAUGGAUUUGGGGGAGGGCUGAAGCAGCCGAGGGUUGAGGAUGUCGUCUCGUAUUUUGAGGCGUUUUAUCAUCCUCUUCCUGUGGAGAUUCUGCCUACCGCGUUUAGGUUUGUGAAGUGGGACGAGAGUGUUCCUCUUCGUGGGAAGGAAAAGAAGGAGACGCCGUUCAGGAUCGGCCUCGCGACUGGAUCAUCUGCCAACGCAGCAGUCAUCGGGAUCCGAUGCCGCCCUUCCCCCGACGGGAUUGCAAAAUAUCAACUUAACCUCAACGACCUCCUGGACGCGCUUUCAGGGGUGCUGCCGGUGGAUGCAUACGCUGCGUGUAUGCUCAUCGCGCAGGAUCUGUAUGAAGACGAGGAUGAUGACUUCUGUUGUGGGAGGGCGUUUGGGGGCAGUCGGAUAUGUACUGUGAGUUCGUUUCGGUAUCGGCCUGCGAUGGAUGGGGUUAUGGGGGUUGAGAGGGGGCAUGGGUGGCCUGCUAGUCAUUGUGGGCGGUUUAUGGAGGGGGCAGGUGGUGAGAUGGAGGCGGAUGGGAAGGGGAAAGGAAGAUUGAAGAAAGGGGAAAAGAAGGAGAAGGUUGGUGGUGGUGAGGUUCUGGUUGAUUUGAGGAAGGUCAAAGGCACGGCCAUGGGCUUCGCCAUCUCCGCCUCGAGAAAUGUCCUCGUACCACGGGAAGCAUCACGGAAUAAGAAGCAAGCGGAGGAGGACUUGUACGGCAUGUGGUUCUCACGUGUCGCGAGGACGGCGGUUCACGAGGUUGGUCACUGUCUUGGGAUGGAUCAUUGCGUUUAUUAUGCCUGCGUUAUGCAGGGCACGGGAGGGUUGGGCGAGGACUCGAGACAGCCGCCGUACUUUUGUCCUGUUUGUGAGGCCAAGUUUAUCUGGGGCUUGGGGGAGACGGGGGUUGUUGAGGGGGGAAGGGGAGGGAGGUGGAUGGAGGGCAGGAUGAGGGAGGUUGAGAAGGAGAGGAUGGAGGUUAUGGGGGCUUUUUGUGAGAGGUGGAAGGGGGUUGGGAUGUUUGCUGGGCUUGGGGGAUGGUUGGAGGCUCGGUUGAAAAUG